CUGAGCGGACGGACUGUGCGACGACCGUAGUGUUGUGCUGUGAGUGCGUAAAAUCGGGCGAACGGAAUUACGACGGAUAUAGCCAUAUCCAGCCGAGGUCGCAUACUUUUUUUAGAUCGCUUUUCGAGUGACUGACAACUAGACUGAGUUUUUAAACGCAUCGCGCACAUCGUUCAGGACUUUCUGGAUCCCGGAACCAUCUGUCGGACCGUGCUGGACGAGUACACCAUGCUUAUAUCAUAACCAUAUAUAUCAUCACGUACGUGCCUCAUCAUAAAACGCGCCCUCGACGAGGCAUCCGAGCGAAACCACAAACCAAAAACGGCCAGGCCAAAGAAAUAAAAUAUAUCCCCCCAUAUGUCUAACAAAGGAAAUCGCUAAAAUACAUCUUACAAAUUCGCCAAAUAAAUGCGAAAGAAAGUGUAAAUUCUUGUAGAGUAUAUCGUAUAUUUCGUGAAUUUCGUGUUUAGUGAGCAACAACAACAAAUAAAUAUUAAUGCCAGCUGGAGCAAUUAUAAUACUUAAUGAAUUUAUUGCACAAUUAAAGCGGAGCCAACCGUACCAUUAACAACAACAACAAAUUAAUAUGCCGCUGGCGUGAAAGUCACAACUCGACGCAUGAUAAACCCCCAUGCCCACCCACCCACUCGUUCGUUCCCCAUUGAAUUAUUAAUGAAAUCAAAUUGCAAAUAACAAUUGUGGUUGCACAAAAAAAAAUUAAUAAAAGCCUCGCAAAUAAACAUAAAUUAACAAGAGCCGCGGAACGUGGACGGCUUAAUCAGCGGAAAGUCGGCGGAAAAUAACAUAUUGCAGUCAAAGCGCAGGCGCCGCUUCUCGCUUUUCACACGAGUUGGCAGCACACGCCACAUCAAUUGGCAUUUACCGUUAAGCGCGCUGCCGUUCUCUGCGCUCUGCGGUCCAACGAACAACAGCAACAACAACAACUCAACACCUCCACCGAACAACCAAAGAAAAGCCGUCAAAGUGGAUUUAACAAAUUAUAAUAAAAUGCUGCAAUCCAGCAAUCAUCAUUAUUUAAGACCGGAUUAUAUGACAGCUGCAGCUGCCCCAACAGCGCUGGACAACAAAAGCAGUCCAUUGGCGCUUUUGGCGCAAACAUGCAGCGCCAUCGGAGCGGACACCACGAACCCCAAGCUGCUGGCGGCGAACAUCGAAAAGUCCACAAAGCAGCUGCAGCAUCAGCCAAAGGCCUCUGGGUUCGGCCUGGGCCAGAUGGGAUCGUCGGAUGGCGGAGCACGCGAUAAAUCCUCGCCGGUUAGCAGUCAUUCAUCCAGCGUCAGCACCGGCUCCGUGGAGCAGCAGCAGCUGCCGCCCGCCCACAGCAGCAAGCCGACACCGAGCACCUUUAAGCCCUACGAGCCCAACAACAACAUCACCACAGCCGCCACUGCCUCAGACUGUGGCGCCACAAAUCUCACCAGCAGUGGCCAGCGGGUGAAGACGCCAAAGUCGACAUCAAACGGCGGCCAGCGCUGCGACUCAAACCAAAGUGCCAGCUCCCAGCGAGAGUCACCCACGGCAGCUGGAUCGGGAUCCCUCAGACGCACACCCACCUCCGGGAUGGGUGGCGGGGCUGCCCAGCUUAACGGAAGUCCCGGCCUGCCUCCCGCCUCAUCCACGCCAGGACGCAGCAGCUCCAAGGAAUCGGCAGCCAUGCACAGUCCCAGUGCAGCAGCGGCAGCAGCAGCUGCAGCAGCGGCGGCAAGCUCCAAUCGGUUGCAGGAGGCAGCUUUGGCCGCCGCCAAGGAGGCAAGCUAUGUGAAGGCUCUACAUGCGGCCAGCCAGCAAGGAUCUGCCUCGGCGGCGGCAGCAGCUGCAUCCUAUUAUCCGGCAGGUUACGGCAGCCCCUAUUCCAUGGACCUAAUGGCCGCCAGUUCACUGAUGUCACCCCACCACGCCAUGUUCAAGGCGUCGGCCAUGAAUCCAUAUCUGAAUUACGCCCGAAUGAAGGGUCUGGCGGAUCCUUCAAUGAUGGCGGCCACUCCUAAUGUGUGCCGCGAUCCCUACUGCACCGGCUGUCCUGCGAGUCCGCAUUACAUCAACAAGGCAGCAGGUCAGCCCUGUCCAGCGGGAUGUCCGCAAUGCGAGGUGGCCGCCAGUGGAGGUGGCAGCAGCAGUAGCGGAGGCAAGUCCAACUCUCAAGGCAGCUCAGGUUCGUCCAGUGCAGCAGCAGCAGCGGCGGCAGCUGCCUCAUCCUACCACGCCCAGCUGGCAGCCUUGGCGGCCGCCUCCCAGAUGCCGUACGUGUGCUCCUGGAUUGGCAGCGAUGCCGCCUAUUGUGGCAAGCGGUUUGGCACCUCCGACGACCUGUUUCAGCACCUACGCACGCACACAGCCUCCGUGCCGGACGCGGUGCUAAGUGCGGCAGCCGCCGGCGGUAUUCCGCCCAAUCAUCCGUUGUUCCAGCGUACCUACCCCACCCCGCCGCUGAGUCCGCUGUCGGCGGCCCGCUAUCAUCCGUACGGAAAGCCAUCGAUGCUGCCGCCCUCAUUGGCACCGCCGGGGAUGCAGGGGAUGUCAGGUCUGCCCCCACAUCCGGCGCUGGCCCAGUACUUUGCACCGUACUCGUUAUAUGGGCCCCGGAUGGGGUCAUCGCACCCGUAGUAGGACGAUGAGGCGGGCUCCGGAUCCCGAUCCGGAUCCGGGUCUGGUCAGCCGAGGAGAUCGGCUUUCAGUCAAACCCAUCAAACCCCCUUCUCUUGAGUCGUCGUAUUUGUGCAAGGUUUUGGUGUAUAUGACCAUGGAGUAGGGAGCACCUAAGGAGCACCUUCUGACCCAGAGAGUAUGUCGGAGCAACUGGUAUCUUUGGUCGCCUCCCUUACUCUAUGAUGUGACUCACUCGUGAAACGAAAAGCUAGUGAUCUAAUGUACUGUAGCUACAUACAAAUGUGUUUACAAUUAAGCUUAAGGAGUCUAGCGUCUAGCUAUUAAUAUCUGAGAUCGAAGGAUAUAGUGCAGCAGCUCCAUAUCGCUCGUUCGUUUCGUGGUUGCUAUUAAAUGCAUAUGGUAAUUUUAAUUUUAUUUAUUAUAUUCAAGUGCAGCAGCGAUUGCAGAAGUAACGAAAUGAAAAGAUUGUCCAAAAACUUAAAGUUGUAAAAUUCUUGUAAAAUAUAUAUAUAUGAGUAACAGCUUAAAAUUAAAUCUAUAU